AUGAGCCCUUCUCGCCGAAAACAGUUAACCGAGGAGCAAGUAACGGCUAUGUUGGAGGACGAAUUGACAUGUGAAGCCAUAUGGGAGAUAGUCUGCCGAUGGCAUACAAUGCGUGUCCUUUUCCUCCUGUACUGCGAUUCAUCAAUUCAGGCAUCAUUUUCACUAUCUGCGAUUAGCUCGUGGUACGAUGAAGCGGUAGAGAAAGACGAAGAGUUCGCGAGGGAGAUGCCUCUGCCAGUUCCCUCGGGAGUUAGCUGUGAAGCUUUCACUCGGCUUAGUGCCGCACAGAGGCAGCGUUCUUACCAAAGGUUUUACAAGGCCGUUAUGGCUCACUGGCUGGCUGUGGAGACGUUGUGGUUUGCGAAAGUUCAAGUUUACGAAUCUCCUAGGCAGUGCGACGGAAUUUUCAAGCAUGUUUGGGCCUUGUGGAUUGACAACCAAGGACGGCCACUGCAGGAAAAGAUAGAUAUCGUUGAAGUGGUUGACUUUGUUUGGAACUUCCUUGGACGCAAAAAUUUCUCCGUAUCCAGCAUCCCAGACUGGGUGGACGGCGAAGGAGAACAGUUUCGGCGAAUGUAUCUGGACGAGUACGAAACCGAGACGUCAAACUGGGCAUUUUUUGCCGAAUGCGUCACGCAAUACUUAAGACCGUCUAAUAUCAUCGAGCUUUUGCUCCUGUCGACAUUGCCAUCGAAGCGCUGCUGGAAUUUCGAACAACCUUCCUAUCUGCGACGCCUCGGGUUCUUUGACGUUCAAGAGGGGGUCAUUGAGGACACAAACGAGUCGGCCAAGGCUGAGGUGCACUUUCCCGCGAACGUGGUAGAGCUGGAUGUUGAGACGGACAUCUGUAGUAAGGUCCUUGGUGUUAGCCAGGGUGAACUGCCAUUAGAUUGGGAUGACGAGAUGGAACUUUCCGAAGAAGCGCCAGCAACUUCACGCGAGGGGCUGGUGCAAAACGGAAGCAUUAUAGGACGGUAA